AUGCUACACAGAGAGAAACUACGCACUAAAACGGGAUGUUUAACUUGUAAGAAUCGCAGGAAAAAAUGCGAUGAGAAGACUCCUGCAUGCAAGCGAUGCUUACAGUCAAACCGAAAUUGUCUCUGGCCCACUUCGGAAGAACUCUUGGAUCGCCGCUUUGCAAGUCACCAGAGAUCUCGGUAUGCUCUAGGCAUGGCAUCGGAGGAUCAAGACAUCCUAGCAAAGGCCUUCGUGGGAUCAUCCCUAGUCUGCCGGCUUUCUCGACCUGUUGUGCUUGGAGCAAUAUCAGAGAGUUUGGAAGGGUUCCUGGUACGACAUUUCGUCCAGAAGUACUAUCGCUCGCUGGUUCUACCGAACUGCCAUCCAAGAUUUGCCAAUGACUGGAUCUCAGAGAUGCAGCGACUCAUGCGAGAUUGGAAAAGUGUCCGGUACUCAGUGCUUUGCAAUGCUGCUUCGAAUGUCCACUUGAUCGAGUCGAAUGGUCAGAUGCAGGAACUUGCGUUGACCUACUACUCACAAGCGUUAAGAGGACUGUCAGACUACCUCAGCCGCGCGGAGCUGUUGGCCAAUUGUAACAGCAUCUUGAUAUCGAUGAUGCUGUUGUGCCUCCACGGGUGCAUAAGACGAGGAACAUACUUUGACAUUCCCCGACACCUAACCGCGGCAACACGCGUACUCUCUGUACGACUCUCCAAGCAACAUCGUGUCAUUACAAACCCAUUCGACAGAUUUUCCCUCGAAUGCGUGCUCUACCAGAUCUUCCUCACUUCUACAGGCUUGUGGUCGGACGACGAGGUGAACCACCGCCUGGACUUUCAUCCCGAUCUAGACUUCUGGCUUCGAGCGGAGCGCCUGCUUCACCAAUCGAAUGUCUUCCCGGAUCAGAGCACCAGCACGAACAGUCCUGCACUCGGCCUACCAGUCCGCCUGCUCAGGCUGGCUCUCACGGUAAAACAGAUGUAUCAGCGCGCUGUGUCGUACGACGCGGCCACACUCAAUGACAUACGCAGUGAGAUGAUACUCUGGGAAGAUUUGGUGCUCCGUGACCAAGCUCCAUUUCCGCUGUCCGCCACCUCGCCACAGAACUCCCCGUACUCGAACGCAAGCCACCUGUACAUUCUCGUCAUGUCGCUGCUGUCAAACCAACUUUCACUCGGCAGCACAGCCGAUCCGCCGACCGUACCGCUCCCCGCCGACCCAGAAAGCUGGCAAAUCCAAGAGGCGACGCGGAUCCUCCGCGUCCACGCCAAUGACCCUGCAUGGGCGUCCAGCUUCAUUGGCACCUGGCCUGUGUACACGCUUGGCUUCUUCCUUGUGCGGGUUGAGCAUGUGCAGCUUGUACGCAGGGAUCUGAGGCGCAGAUGGGAAGUGACGGGGUUCAACCAGGUCGCGAGGUUCUGCAACGAUGUGGAGAGGACGUGGGGUGAGAGAGGGAUGCUGGGUAAAGACGGGCUGGGGAGGGUGGGAAUGUGUUGGAGGGGGACGUAUCAUAAGGCUGGGGGAAAGGGGAGGGGUGAGGGCGCUGGCCCGCGGUAG